ACGCGCAAUUCGCCACCAGGAAGCAGGGUGUGCUCAUGGGAAGGUGUGGGAUGUGGAUGAUAUCAAUGGCGAUUGAUGAUUGGAGCCGUGGGGGAAUGAGGGCAAAAAUGAGCUGUGAUGAGCAGACUUCGACCGUCUCGAUCGCCCACGGCAGCCACACGCGGCGGCCUGUCAACCAUCGGGGCAGCGGGAGCAAGCAGCCCUGGAGAGGAUCCUGACUGUGUCUGGUCGUCGAGAUCUCGCCACAUCUCGUGGUCGAGCAGGUUUGAGGUUUGAGGAUGAGAGGGCAGAUGCAGAGGAAGAAGACCCCCGGGGAGAAGAAAGAGGAGUGCCAUCAUCUUUCCGAAAGACCUGCCGCCCACCACCCACUCGACGACAUGCUCUGUACCGCAGACUGCACCGCCGUGCCUGCGAGCGUUCCUUGUGUCGUCUUUGAGCUCUUCGUCUCCAGAGCGCUCUGCUCCUCUCACCCAGUCGUGCUUCCAAGUGGCGUUCCGAAAGCAAGCAAGCAAGCGUCAGAGGGCUCAGCACACCUGGGCAGCUCCAGCUUCCGAGGGGGUGCAAGGAUUCGUAUUAUUUUUAUUUUUAAAAAUGUUCCCGGCCGUUGUGCUGCCACGCUCCAGCCCCAAUCAAGGCCUGCCUUAUGGACGGACCCGCUGGGCCCCCGUGACUGCUGCUGCCCUAACCCUUACAUACCUACCUACCCACGCUCCCAAACCCAGCAAGGCAUUUCACAUUCACAACACACACCCACACAACUCGCUCCCUUGGACUUCGCCCCCCUCCCAUACCGCUCUCUCUCCUAACCUCUAUCAACACACUCUCUCUCACUCACUCACUCACUCACCCGCUCUCCGUCCACCUGGCUGCCAAGCGUCAUCGUCCACCCGUCCGAUCGACCCACCAUGAUGCGGCGCUCCA